AUGUUGCCUGGCCUCACAGAAAUCCCCGAUGUUAUCAACGCUACAGUGACCGUGUUAGUAAAAGUGAUUGAACGGACCAUCACAGCUGACAUGAAGAACGCAUCCUCCCAGGCCUACGAGAACUCCACAGACCUCUUCGUGAGCCAGGUGGGAGCAGGUCCUCAGUCAGCUGACCGUCUGAAAGAGGAGAACUAUGGCUUUGAGAAAAGGGUUCACAUUCAUUUUGCCAGCUGCCAAGAAGAGCGCAAAGGAGGCUCUGCCAUGUCGACGAGGACGCUGAGCACUGAGACAGUCCCCACCACUAGUGAGGCCACCAGCACUGAGACAGUGCCCACCACUAGUGAUGCCACCAGCACUGAGACAGUCCCCACCACUAGUGAUGCCACCGGCACUGCUACAGUCCCCACCACUAGUGAUGCCACCAGCACUGAGACAGUCCCCACCACUAGUGAUGCCACUGGCACUGCUACAGACCCCACCACUAGUGAUGUCACCAGCACUGCUACAGAUACCACCACCAGUGAUGUCACCAGCACUGCUACAGACACCACCACUACUGAUGUCACCAGCACUGCUACAGACACCACCACUAGUGAUGUCACCAGCACUGCUACAGACACCACCACUACUGAUGUCACCAGCACUGCUACAGACACCACCACUACUGAUGUCACCAGCACUGCUACAGACACCACCACCAGUGAUGUCACCACCACUGCAACAGACACCACCAGCAGUGAUGUCACCAGCACUGCUAUAGGCACCACCAGCAGUGAUGUCACCAGCACUGCUACAGGCACCACCACUAGUGAUGUCACCAGCACUGCUACAGAUACCACCACUAGUGAUGUCACCACCACUGCUGAAGUUACCACCACUAGUGAAGUCACCACCACUGCUGAAGUCACCACUACCCUCGUCCCCACCACUACUGCAGAGAAAUGCAUGAACGGAGGGUCCUGGACGGGUGAGAUUUGCAUCUGCCCCAACGGCUUCGGAGGGGAUCGCUGCGAGAAUAUAGUCAACGUGGUCAUCUGUGAGAACGGAGGCACGUGGGAUGGGCUCAAAUGUCUGUGCACCAGCCUCUUCAUUGGGCCACGGUGUGAGGAGAUGGUGGACAGCCUAGAGAUGGAGCCCACGGUCGCUGCGUCUGUGGAAGUGAGCGUGACAGUAACGAGUCAAAACUACAGCGAGAAGCUACAGGACCGAAACUCGGAAGAAUUCAGUAACUUCAAUAAGACGUUCACAAAGCAGAUGGCUAUAAUUUAUUCUGGUAUCCCGGAGUAUGACGGGGUUAUCAUCAAAAGUCUGAGCAAAGGCAGUAUCGUGGUGGAUUAUGAUGUCAUCCUGAAGGCCACGUAUACCCCGGGAUUCGAAAACACAUUAGAAACCGUCGUCAAAAACCUGGAGACAAAAAUCAAGAAUGCGACAGAAAUUCAAGUACAAGAUGAAAAUUAUAACUGUUCAGCUUUACUGUGUUUCAACUCCACUGCCACCAAGGUGCAAAACAAUGUCACAGUCAGUGUCAAUCCUGAGGAGACAUGCAAGAAGGAGGCCGGAGAGGACUUUGCGAAGUUUGUCACACUGGGGCAGAAGGCAGAUAAGUGGUACUGUAUCACGCCUUGCUCGGCAGGCUACAGCACCUCCAAGAACUGCAACUACGGCAAAUGCCAGCUGCAGCGAAGUGGACCCCAGUGCCUCUGCCUGACCACCGAUACUCACUGGUACAGCGGGGAAAACUGCGACCGGGGCAUCCAGAAAAGCCUGGUGUACGGACUCGGGGGAGCCGGGGUGGCAGUGCUGUUGGUGAUCCUCGUGAUCCUCCUUGUGUUCUCCAUCCGCUUCAGGAGAGAGGCGCAGAGGCAAAGGUCCAGGGUGUCUGAGAUGUACAAGUGGGGCGAAGAGGAGGGCAGAGCAACUCCUGGAACCUUCCACAACAUUGGUUUUGACCACAAUGAAGAGCGAGAAAACUACAUCCCCUUGGACUCUGUGUACAGCAACUUCCAGCCUUCCCUAAGCCAUAUAAACCCAGAAAGAAAGAUCCAGAUUCAGAGGCCCCAGGUAGUCAUGACAUCGUUGUAAACACUCACACAAAAGCGGUUUUGCAUGGAUCUGUGGAGCUGAGGACCCAGGAGAAGCGUGUUUGGCCAAGCGUGGCGGAACACACCCGACCUUGAGAAUUCCCCAUAGAGACUUAUGGAGAAACAGACCCUGCAGUUACCAAGAAUGGAUACCAGAGGGACGAGGCUGGAAGCUCCGACAGGAUGGAAACUGCAGUGGCCAGGCUAAGAGGGCAGGCAAAACCUCCCAGAAAGAACCCCGUGCCCAGAGACGUCUCCUACCCCGGGCCCGCCAUCAGCACCAAGGACAGAGCCCGCCCACCCGCCCGCGGCCAUGUGGGUUGCUGUGACUUCCAGAUUGCAUUUUACCAUCCGCAAAGCACGCUUCUCAGAAAGAUUACCUCCCAUCUCCAUGCCAAGCACUGCUUUUAACAUAGACCACCUGUCUUUACAAGGUCAUGCUUAGUUUUAAAUUUCUUUUUAAGACUGGGUAUGAUUAAAGUUUAUUUUAUUGAGUUCAA